AUGAAGAUCAGACGACAAAAGCAAGCCAAAAAAAACAUUAAUUUCUACAAACACAACUUCAGUUUUAGGGAGCCCUUUCAAAUUCUGAUCGACGGGACGUUUUGCCAGGCGGCUCUGAAGAAUAAGAUUCAAAUCAAAGAGCAGAUGCCGAAAUACCUCAUGGGGGAGGUGCAACUUUGUACUACAAAGUGAGUGGGGGUUUGCUGUUGUAGUCAAUGUCACACUGUCAUGAGUUUUACCCAACGACUGAUUUUUUUACUAUUCAGUGUAAAUGUGUGUUUUUAUGUCCUACAGUUGUGCGCUGAAGGAACUUGAAUCACUGAAGGACCUCUAUGGUGCCAAACUCAUCCUGCAACGGUAUCAGGUUAGAAACUGCAAGCAUUUCAAGAACCCCGUCUCUGCGUCAGAGUGUCUGCUGUCCAUGAUGGAAGGGACCAAUCCUCACCACUACAUUGUUGCUACACAGGUACGUGUUAUAGCGUAUCUUUACUUAGUUGGGUCAAUCAAUGGUCGGGUUUCCCUGCUUAGAGACGUUUCGUGCCACGUCAAUUGACUGUGCCUUUGGGCACCAGAUUGCUAUAACAUGGGUGUUGUGUUCCUCUGUUCAGAUGUUGCUGACGCAUGCCAGAUCUUACAAUGCCAGGAUAAGUAUCAACUAACCACAUAAGUUAUAGCGAUCUGCUGCCCGAUGGCACAGUCGAUGACGUGGCACGCAAACAUUGGUUGAUGCAUACAACGUCUGAGCAGGGGAACACGGCCAUGAUGUGGUGAGCUGUUACAUAAAAUACCUAUCCAGGCGUUGUAAGAUCAGGGAUGCGUCAGCAACUCUUGAGCAGAGGCACAUGCCUAUGCGCUGAAUCUAGUUGAUGAUCCUUGUGCUAGACACUUGUCUCGUCAGCAUCAACAACCAAUAGUGCCGCCUAUCUAGCUGCAUGCAUUCAGUCUAUACCAGAUGCACUGAUUCACCUCUUCCUGUCUGAUGUUUACAUUUCAGGACCAAGAGGUGACAUCAGGCCUGAAGAAGAUCCCAGGCGUGCCUCUCCUGUAUAUCAUCCUCAACACCAUAGUGUUGGACAAACCCAGCCCGUGCUCGGUGAACCAUGUGCAGGCUGUGGCUCUGGGAGAGAUGGUCACCCCAGCCCAGCAGCAGAGCAUUAACAGCCUGAAGGAGGUGCAGGGGAUUGGGCAGGAUGGAGAGCGCCGGGGCAAGAAGCGUAAGAGGAAAAUCUCCAACCCCAACCCGCUCAGCUGCCUGAAAAAGAAAAAACAGACACAGCUGCUUAAGACUGAGGGUGAGAAGAAGAAACGGAGCCGGCGAAGGAAACGCAGCAAGCCAGAGGGUGGGGAGGGUCCAUCCCUCAAACCGACCCUAAACCCCUAG